GUAGCCAUUUUGGCUCAAGCUGCAUUGGCUCAAGCAGUUCGUCACCUGGCGACGACACAGGCCGAUCCUUGAUCAAUCACCCUCACCUACACGUUCACUCGCUCAUUCAUUUGACACCUGCAUGAGAGUGUCGAAUGGGUACGGCUCCUGCCAACUCGCACCACAUCGCGCGACCCAAGCGGCCGUGGCCUCAGGUCUACUUGUCCUCAGUGCUGUGGGGACUCGUGCUACCGGCAGCUUCGGGCUCUCGGGUGCGUUCAUGAUGCAGAUAUCAGCGGAAGGGAUGCACGCGGUGCAAAACAGUGCUAGCCACCAGGUAUUGUCGGGGAUCGUGACUCCUGCACCGACAACGUGUGCAGACGGUGACAGCGGAGCUUUGAACAGACUUGGCAACUCCUGCGAGGUCUAUUCGCACGAUCCCGAAGCUCCAUACAGCGGUAUCUGCCUCGACCCUUACUAUGAUGAUAGCGACUUCUCAUCUUCAAUGUGUUGCGUGUGUCCUGAGAGUUGUCCCGUGGAAGAACCAAUAGUUCAUGAGCCAGGGGACUGUGAAGAUUGGAUUACAUUUGCGGCUUCAAACGAAGAUGGUCGGGGGAGAUCGUCUCAUUCAAAUCUCGCUGGCUUGGGCCCAGACUUUCAUAAGCCCCGUGAGCUCCGAUAUUAUGGAGUCGGGCGGCUUCAGAAUGGCGUCCACGUCGACAUAACUUUCACCAACACAAGCCAGUACAUCCCGAAGAACACGAACUGGAACAAAAUCGUUGGGUCUCAGGCUGUGGUGAAUCUCCUUGUUGGUGAGUUUGCCACUCUCAAGGGGGAGUUCGUGAGAAAUCACACCUUCUGCCCUGAGACCCCAUACCUGCCCAAGCUCACGUUUUGUGACAUUGACCAUUAUGAAGAUGGGGAAAAUGAGAUUCUGAUUAUCGACGGUGUCAGCGCCAUCUACACCGUCGACGGCGACCUCGAUUACGAUCUGGAGUUGUUCGAGUCUACCUCUGCCCACCUCGAAAGCCCGGUCCCACUAACCUACACCACAGAAUCGAUCCCAACUGUGAUUUCGGGAAGGGCCUCCCGAAAGUACGCCUCUGUCUCUGGUGGAAAGUUUGGGAUCCGUUCAACGUCACGGAUGUUCGGCCAUGGCUGCGAUAAUCCGACGGACGUGAACCAGCUUACCAACAUAUCUUGCCCAGAUGAGACAGCGGUCCCUGUGGACCAGGCGAGACGGUGCUUCAUGGCAGAGUUCUCGAACACGAGCAGCUUCAGCAUCGCGUUCAGGAUCUUGACGGAUAAGCCUGACGAGUACAUCCAGAAAUGGGGCCGUAAUUUCGCCAUGGCCGGGACGUCCACGUACUUCGCCCACCAGGGCACCCUCUCUUGCUUCACGCCGUCACCAACCCCUUCUCCAACCCCUGCGCCGACAGCUACGCCGACAGCCGAACCGACAGGCGCGCCCACGGCUGCACCGACACCGGCACCGACAGUUGCUCCCACCCCUGAGCCAACGAUGGCACCGACCGAAUCUCCGACCGCUGCGCCGACUGCCGCGCCGACCGCUGCCCCGACAGCCGCGCCGACCGCUGCGCCGACUACUACACCGACGUCUGCCCCAACAGCGACGCCAACAGCUGCGCCGACUCCUGAACCAACAAUGUUACCGACGGAGUCUCCGACCGCUGCGCCGACAGCUGCGCCGACAUUGUCUCCAACCGUCGCCCCGACAGCCGCGCCGACAGUUGCGCCGACAAGCUCACCAACAGCUGUCCCGACAUUGACACCGACAGCUGCGCCGACUCCUGAACCAACAAUGGCACCGACCAGCCCUCCGUCCCCUGCACCGACAAGCGCGCCCACGUCUGCCCCAACGGUGGCACCGAUAGUUGCGCCGACUCCUGAGCCAACAAUGGCGCCGACCAGCUCUCCAGUGGCGCCGACAGCUGUGCCGACACUUCCGUUAAGUUCUGGCGUCUCUGGUAUCUCUGGUGUCAUGGCGCCAGUGGUGUCGAGCGCAGUUGGUGACCCACAUUUGGUCAAUAUACAAGGGCAGCAUUUCGAUUUGAUGAAGCCUGGCGUCCACGUCCUGCUUCAUGUGCCCUUCAGGGCGCGCCAAUCGAAUGUGCUCCUCGCUGUGGCAGCUGACGCUCAGCAGAUAGGUGGCACUUGCGCGGACACAUACUUCAUGAGCGUCAACAUCACAGGAAAAUGGGCGGAGUCCAAGGCCCAUAAGUUCGGGCAUGCCGAUGGCAUCGGGUUCUUCUUCACCGCAGGUCAGGGGGCAGCCCACACGGGCACGAAGUGGAUGUUCUUCGGGAAGAUCCAGUUGAAGGUGAUUCACGGCCGCACCCUCGGGGGGAUUCCGUACCUAAAUUUCUUUGCCCGUAAUUUGAAGAAGGCGGGCCAUCUCGUGGGCGGGCUCCUCGGGGAGGAUGACCACUCUGAGGCGGCCAUCCAGAGUGCAGAGUGCAGAAAGGUCAUGGACGUCUGAGGCUUGCGUGGACGUAUGGCUGCCUUCAUCCCAGCCCCUCCUCCUGAUUCACUCACCUUCCGCCCGGUUUGCCCUCCUCUCGUCGCUCCUCAUCCUCAUCCAACCCCUUCCCUCCCCGAGUGCGCAAUGUCUUCGGCAAGGGAACACCUCAUUCGAGGGGGGCCUGUCACGGCGUGUGGGUCGUGGUGGGACCGCACAGGGAGGGCGAAGGCACCCACGAAAUUCCCACGCGGCUGUAAUGUGGUCCGACCUCCCCGGCGUUCACCCCUCCUUUUCCGGGCCGCCCGCCCGGGGCGCGCCUCGCCCAGGCAGAGGCGAGGGCAGCGUUCGCACGUGUGCUCGAGCCGUGUUGCACUUGGCGCUUCGGGCCCGUUCGGCAGGUCUGGUUCGACGUCCCCCCCC